AUGAGUCUAAUGGGCCGUUAUUUUAAACGGAACACGCUCCACUUCGGUUCACGCUGCACGCGCCUGCACAUCACAUCCCACCACAAAGCAAGGGUGGAAGCCAUGAUGUGCGACCUGGCCUCGCUCCGCAGUGUCAGGGAGUUUGCUGAUUCUUACAAGGCCAAGAAACUGCCCCUUCACAUUCUGGUGUGUAAUGCAGGCGUGUGCACUCAGCCCUGGAGCCUCACGGAGGACGGCCUGGAGUCCACCUUCCAGAGCUGCCAUCUAGGCCACUUCCUGCUCGUCCAGUGCCUACAGGAAGUGCUGCGUCGCUCUGCUCCCGCUCGUGUUGUGGUGAUAUCUUCUGAGUCCCACAGGUUCACAGACCUGAUAGACUCCUGUGCUAAAGUGGACCUGGCCCUGCUGUCGCCCCAAAAGAAAGACUACUGGUCCAUGCUGGCUUACAAUCGCUCCAAACUCUGCAACAUCCUCUUCAGCAACGAGCUCCACCGCCGCCUCUCCCCUCACGGUGUCACAUCCAACGCGGUGCAUCCUGGGAACAUGAUGUACACCUCCAUCCACAGAAGCUGGUGGCUGAUGACCUUUAUCUUCUCUCUGGUUAGACCCUUCACCAAGUCUAUGCAACAAGGGGCGGCCACCACGGUGUAUUGUGCCGUGGCUCCGGAGCUGGAGGGCUUGGGCGGCAUGUACUUCAACAACUGCUUCCGCUGCCUGCCGUCCAGCCAGGCCGAGGACCAGAGCAGCGCCGCCAGCCUGUGGGAGCUGAGCGAGCGCCUGGUGGCAGACGGGUCAGCAGGCAUACAGGCCCUCUGAUGGACAGAGGGGAGGGGGGAGGAGAAAGAGGAGGUGGAGGACUAGCCAAAUCAUCUCAAAGAGGAAGGGUGGUGGGUUACGGUCAUGACCAGUUAGGUAUGAACUGAAUAAAAGGUAACUGUAUUCUGACUGCACAAUACAAGAGAGCUGCCACAGCACAGAAGUCCAUCUGGAUAUGUCACGUCACUACGGGGGCUAAAACACAUUACACCUACAGUACAGAAGGGGUUCUCAUAUACAAUCUACUGAAUAAAUGAAAGUUGUGUUCAGCUCUGCUGUGAUAGUUUACAAUGGGAGGUAGGGGGUGGGAGAUUUAGGACAAAUUCAGGGAUGUGUUAUGUUUGUCUCUAGCUUUUUAUAACUUUCUUGAUUAUUUUUCAUUUAUAAAUUGUCUUUUUAAAAGUUCAUAAAAGGUACUGACCUGUCUUGCUAAGAAUACAGGGUUACCUAAUAAGCAAACACUCCAUGGCAUAUGCAUCAGUUUGCUGCAGUAGUGCACUGAAGGCCCAAUAUUGUGUCUUCCCAAUUCAAUUCAGUCUCUAGUUCCACGAAGAUGUUUCCUAUUGAAAUACAGAGAUCGUUGGUUAAUCAUUGUGCUAAAUCUUUUUGGGCAUAGAAGAAAAAAGGAGUAAUGGGCAUGUGACACUCAUGAAUAUAUAAACACACUAGAGGUAUGAUUCUUAUGACUAUAUACAUUAUUCUGCAAUACUUGUAUUUCUUAUCAAUGUCCCUAUUCACUUUCUGUACAAUAUUUACAAUAUCUUAAUUCUGGGCAUGUGCUAAAGGGGUGUGGGCAUAAUCGUUUGUUAUUUUUAUUUAAUCUAUACUCUGGUAAAUCUAAAUGAUAAUUUGGAGGUAUUUGUGGGAUGAUCCAUGUCCGCUUGAGUAGUCCAGGACCUUGAAUUUCUGUGUUUCUUCCCCUGUUGUUUGAGUAGAUGAAUGUGAGGGAUUUCCAUCUCCUGUCAUUAUUUAUCAUCAUUGUUUUAAUAUUGAAUCUGGCUUCGGGGUUUGCUGUGGAUUGGUCGCCUUGAAGCCGCUGUUGGGUCGCUUUUGAGACAUUGUGCUUUAUGGCAGUCUGGGUGUUGAGGUUGCUCUUGAAACAUCAGCAUUCCAGUGUCAUGAUAUCUGUAAGAAAAAACAAAAUGGGAAAAAAACAAUUAAUAAAAAUCUGUUUAACAGUAA